AUGGCUUCCGACGAUAAUUGGAGGACACCAACAUUCAGGCAGAGUGUGGUGUCAAAGAUAGAGGAGGUAAUCCAGCGUUCAGGAGUGCAAGUGGCACGGAAUAGCAGUGAGAUGGAAAAUCAUGUGUUCAUGAAGGCCAAAACCCGUGAAGAGUAUAUGAAUAUGGUAGCUAAACUUAUUCUGCAUGUACGUGAAAUGUCACAAUCUAAACAGAACCAAGGAGCUCCUAAUAUGCAAAAUCCAAAUCAAGCCCAAUCAGGUCCAAACCAGCAAGUACAAGCUUCCCAGGGCCAGCAACAACAAGGACCUAGUGGCCAAGCUGGUCUGACCCAAGAUCCAAUCAAUGCUUUACAAAACUUAGCAUCACAAGGAUCAAGGAAUCAAAUGAUGAAUAUGGGACCACAAAGCCAAAUGCAACAACAAGGUGUUAUGGGCCCUAAUCCUGGAAUGGCGGGAAUGCAAGGCCAAAUGGGCCAACAAGGUCCUAUUGUUUCCCAGGGGCCUCAAGCUCAGACUGCUACAAAUUUGCUGCAAACGUUAAACCAGAGGCCACAAAUGAAUAUGCAGCUUUCGAACAAAAUUGGUGGAGGAAUGGGACUAGUUGCUCCACAGCAGCAAAUGGGGAAUAAUUUAGUUGGUGGUAUGGGAGGUAUGGGGAAUCCUAUGGGAAGUCAGCUCCAGAGCCAGUUGGCAGGAGGUAUGCAGGGACAGAUGAUGCCUAACAUGUCAAUGCCAAACAAUAUGUCUGGACCAAUGAGUGGAUCUAACACAAUGGGGGGGCAAAUGCCUUGCAAUCAAGUUGGAAUGGGGGGUCAGAUGGCACCGAAUAAUAUGGGGCAACAGAUGGGACCAGGGCAAAUGGUUGGGAACAUGGGCAACAACCAAAUUGUAGGCCUAAACAUGUUGCAUAUGCAGCAACGGGUACAGAACAAGCAGGAGGUUGUUGGUGGCAUGCUUGGGAGCUCAUACCCUGCUAACAGAGCUCCUCCCCCCAACCAGUUUCUCAGACAAAGCCCAUCGCCAUCUGCACCGUCGCCUAACAUGGGAGGCCCUAGCCCUAUGGGUGUGAUGGGCAGCACGAUGACGUCACCGAUGUCGUCGCUGGGCGGGCUCGGCGCGUGCGGCAGCGUGGGCAGUCCCUCGCCCUCUGCGCCGGCGCACCUCGCCCAUCACGUGCCUCCACCACAAAGAGGUGUGGGUAUGGGCAUGGUAGCUUCUCCAUCAUCUUCUCUCAAUACGCCAGUUGGUGCGGGCGUGGCGUCUCCGGGUGGCGAGGAGGCUGCUUACAGAGAGAAAGUGCGACAACUCUCUAAGUAUAUCGAGCCUCUCCGGAGAAUGGUGCAUCGAAUGGUUAGUGAGGGAGAAAAUGUGGAGAAGUUAACGAAAAUGAAGAACUUACUGGACAUACUGUCGAACCCGAACAAGCGGAUGCCCUUAGAGACGCUUAUUAAGUGUGAGGUUGUGUUGGAGAAGUUGGACUUCAAACGAAGCGAGGGGGUUGUUGUUCCCAGCGCUGGGAAGGAACAAAUCUUCAAUCCUCUGCUAGAAGUGGUAAACAAUUGUCUGCAGUCUCCACUCGCAAACCAUACACUUAAACGUACCUUCGGACCUACGCUAGAUGCGCUUAGUGGCCCAGAAAUCAAAAAUCUUCCACCACCUCAAAAGAUACCAAAAAUUGAGGAGCCCACAUUGGAAAUACCAGAUGUUCUGCAAGGUGAAAUAGCACGAUUGGAUUCCAGAUUCAAAGUGUCGCUGGAGCCGAUGUCGUGCGGCGGGGGUGGCGGGGGCGGGGGCGGCGGCGCCAUCACGCUGAUCGCGGCGCUGGACGAGCCGCGGCUGCCGAGCGUGGCGGGCGUGCACGUGUCGGUGCCGCGCGACUACCCGCGCCGCCCGCCGCUGCGCCUCAAGCCGCGCACCAAGUACGCGCCCGACAGCUUCCGCGCGCGCCUCGAGCGGGCCAUGGACGCGCGCUGCGCCAGGUUACCGAAAAGCUGCUCAGUGGGUCAACUCCUAGACGCGUGGGAGAUGAGCGUGAGACAAGCGUGUGCGCCCAAUCCCACAACGUACGGUCCUGUCCCAGCGCUGGGCUUGUGA